AUGCGGAGAACAUUUCGCCUGCUCGCGGGCGUCAAGCCUGCUCGCUAUCUCGAAGCCGGCACCCCGACAGGUCUCACCGGCCUCUGGACACACAACAGCCCGCGGUCGACGCUGCUCUAUCUGUACGGUACCACCCUCGAGAAGCUCCAGACGGUCCCCGAGUCCUCCCUCUACCGCCAAUCGGUCGAAGCCAUCACGAAGCACCGCCUCAGCCUCGUCGAAGCGACGGUACCGCCCGGAUACCCCGAGUGGGAGAAGAGGGCCGAGCAGAUUGUCAAGGAGAAGCCCGAACAGUUCCGCCUCGUCAGCGGCCGCGUCGACGGCAGCGGCGCGCGGACGGUGAAGCUCGGCGGCAGGACGUUUGUCGUUGCGACACAGCACGAGGAGCAGGACGUCCGCUACGAGGAGUGGGACGGCGAGAAGGACGAGGGCGGUACCCUGGAGGGCCCCCGUAGCGAGGCCGAGCGAAAGGACCACCAGCUUCUCGCCGACCGCAAGGACCUGAACGAUGUUGCCAAGGUGCAGUGGGAGGCGGAGCCGCAAUUGACGGCCGACCAGAUUUCCGAGUUGGAGACCAAGAUCGGAGCUGGCCUCAUUGAGGAGGUCAUUCAGGUUGCCGAGGGCGAGCUGAAGCUCGUGGAUGUGAUGACCCAGGCCAAGGUAUGGGAGGACCUUGAGGAGAAGCCUGUUGAGGGCCAGUGGACUUACUUUGAGCGCAAGUCAGCGUAA